AUGUGGAUAUCAUUAGUAACAAAACAAGAAUUGAUUAUUUCUGGUGUAGUUUUAAUUAUCUCGUCGAUAUUGAUAGAAGUUGAUAAUGCGGUAGUUUAUAAUGAAAGUUUUAUGUCCAAUGGACUAGAAAACUCUUUUCAUCCAACAAUUAAUUUCCGUGCUACAAACGAUCUAGAACAAAGUUUCUCGUAUAAUGAUGCUGAUAUUUAUGGUCCAUCAAAAUGGAGCAGCUUAAAUCCCGCUUGUGCUGGAUAUAAUCAGAGUCCUAUUAAUAUUGAAACUAACGAAGUGAAAACGGGAUCAGCACCGCCAGUGACAAAUACGGGUCAAUCAGUGAUGUUUCAACUGAAAUUCUUAGAUUCAUUAACACCUAAUCGACUGUAUUGGAAUGGACAUUUAGGUAAAGUUUACGUCUUCGAGUCAUUACAUUUUCAUUGGGGAAAUUACUGUGGAGGGGGAAGUGAACAUACAAUUAAUGGUCAUCGAUAUGCAGCGGAAGUUCAUUUAGUGCAUUUUAAUGAAAAAUAUAGAUAUUUCUCGGCAGCUGCUUCACAAUCGGACGGUAUUGCUGUAUUGGCUGUAUUUUUUGAGCUUGCAGAGGAAGCUAAUAAUGACGGAAGUAAUAACAAUAAAUUUAUUAAAUAUUUGAAUAAUGUUCGUCGAAAAGGCGAUUCUUUUGUGAUAAAUGACAUCAAUGGAUUGUUUACUAUACAUCAGCUGAUGAAGCAAGAUUUGAAUGAGUAUUAUAGCUAUAAAGGGUCUUUGACAACAGUUCCAUGUUCAGAGUCAGUAAGAUGGAUAGUAUCAAAGAAAACAGUCAAGAUUUAUCCGUCAGAAAUUGCGGAACUGCAAAAAUCACUUAAAGCUGAUGGACUGCCACUCCUUGACAAUCAUCGUCCUCUUCAAAACAUAAAUGGAAGAAAUAUCUACGAAUAUAAUUAUGCGUACGAUAAUGGACAUAAAUUUAAUCAUCUUCUAUAA